GACCAUGUUUACACCUCAGACAUAAUCCUGUCUUCUCCCUUUCACACCAUAUUACGCUCAGGAGAGAACUUCUGGAACUUUACUAUUUGGGCUGUCAAUGUGUGCUACCUUAGCUCAGAAACGGGAUACUAUCUUCACCACCAGGGUCUGCCUCAGCUGUCGCCACUACCAGGGUUUGCAUCAGAUAUCUCCACUACCAGGGUCUGCCUCAGAUAUCUCCACUACUGGGGUCUGCCUCAGAUAUCUCCACUACCAGGGUCUGCCUCAGAUAUCUCCACUACCAGGGUUUGCAUCAGAUAUCUCCACUACCAGGGUCUGCCUCAGAUAUCCCCACUACCAGGGUCUGCCUCAGAUAUCUCCACUACCAGGGAUUGCAUCAGAUAUAUCCACUACCAGGGUUUGCAUCAGAUAUCUCCACUACCAGGGUCUGCCUCAGAUAUCUCCACUACCUUGGUCUGCCUCAGAUAUCUCCACUACCAGAGUCUGCCUCAGAUAUCUCCACUACCAGGGUCUGCCUCAGCUAUCUCCACUACCAGGGUCUGCCUCAGAUAUCUUCACUACCAGGGUCUGCCUCAGAUAUCUCCACUAACAGGGUCUGCCUCCGAAUCUCCACUACCAGGGUCUGCCUAAAAUAUCUCCCAUCUUAUCUAUUUAUUUGGAUUUUUGUUUGGGAAAGAAGAGUUCAGUGCUUGUGGUUUAACGCUCUCUACUUGGUCCUCAAGAAGUGGACCCUAUUUGAACCAACUAAAUCGGUCUGUGAUUGGCUGUUUCUCAGUAAGGGUGUUCUGUACUGUACUGUGUCUCAGAGGCUAAACAGCCAUGUACAAAAGCAGUUACUCCCAGGCCAAGUUUGGCUUGGAGGCCAGGAGGAAGAUCCAGAAGCCCAGAGGGAAGAGCUGUGGCUACUACAUGAGGGUUGUCUUCUUCUUCUCCUCUCUGAUCCAGUCACUCAUCAUCGUCAGCCUGGUGCUCUUCCUGGUCUACGGGAGCUCCCCAGAUGCGGUGGCCGAGAGCCGGGUCAAGGACCUGGAGAAGAGCUUCAACCACCUCUCCAUUGACAACAUCAACCUCCGGCAGCAGGGAAAGAACCUGACGAAGCUCCUGAAUGCCACCCUGACUGACAAGAUGCGCAACGACAAAUAUAUGAUGAGUCUGCGUCAGGUGGCAAACGGGUCUGGCAUGUUCAUCGCCAAUCUCAAAGGACUAGUGACUCAGUGUGAAAAUGAUAAGGGAAGAUGUCAGAUUCAACUUAGAAUGAGCCAAUGCUUCAGGGCCAUGCCCCCAAAUGAAAACCAGGUCCAGCAGCUGGAGCAGUUGCUAAAGCUAGUGAGCUCCAACUUCAGUCAGACGGUGCAGUUCAUGAGGAUGGAGAUGGAGAACAAAGUCAUGGACCGGGACACCCUGACACUGGAGGCCAUCUCCCUCCGGAGGGACAAGACCUUCCUGCAGAGACAACUGGAGGGCUACAGGAAGAAGUGCAAGGAGGACUUUGUCCAAUCCCUGGCUGGCAUCUCUGACGUCUCUAAAGCCUUCCUGUUGAAGAUCGACAACCUUCUGCCCAAUGUCAGCCCCUUCCUGCUCACCUGCGAGAAGCAGCUCCACCACCUGGACCAGAUCCGCAACAACUGCACCGGUCUGUCCCGCGAGGUGGAGAACAAGUUCCAGCAAUACCUGAACAAGGUGGGCUCUCAGAUGUCAGAGAUUGAGGGUUGCAGUGCCAGGCUGCAGGCAGAUAAAGACCAGCUGAAGGAGGUCUACAACUGGUGCAGCUACAACCGCAGUGCCAUGGCCCUGGAGCACCGCGAGAAGCUUCAGAAGACCCAGGAGAAAUACGACCGAGAGACGGAGAGGCUGCUGAUGGAUAGCAGAAGGCUGCAGGGGGACAAGGAGCUACAGGAGACGGUGAUGAAGGUGAAGGAGGGCGAGAUCGGCAUUCUCAAGGACAAGAUGAAUAACCUCAACACCUCACUGGUCAACUGUGGCUCCAGGACCGGAAUGGGUAACCCAGGAAUGUCCGGAGCAAAUCAGACUGGACCCUGGAGUAGCAGGCAUGGGAUGGGUUACCCUGGCUCAACUGGGAAUGGAUUUGGCAGGGCAGGGUCAAGUGCUUCGUCAUCAUCAGGCGCCACAAGGAUGAACGGUUCAGGAAUGGACGGCUCGAAAGGUUUAGCACAUAUCAAUCAACACUUACGAGAACUGCAGCAGUAUUCUAAUGCCGACUCCGGCUCAGAAGUCUCUGGGUAAUCCAUGAAAUUUCAGAGGAAAAUGGAGGAAAACCUAUAAAACCCAGUCUCCUCAUAUUGAGUUCUGGUUUGUCAAUAUACACUACCAGUCAAAAGUUCACCUACUCAUUCCAGGGGUUUUCUUUAUUUUUUACUAUUUUCUAUGUUGUAGAAUAAUAGUGAAGACAUCGAACUAUGAAAUAACACAUAUAGAAUCACGUAGUAAACAAUUUUUUAAACAAAUCUGUUUUCAAUGUACUGUAUAUACUUUUAUUAAAAACUAAGGAGUA